AGCGCAUUGGCUGUUGUGUUUUUUUCAUAGGGGUCUCAAAACUACACCGAGAUUUGGAAUAUUACGUUACAGUCCGGCUGGAAAAUGGCGACUGUCAUUCAUAAUCCAUUAAAAUCGCUCGGCGAUCAGUUCUACAAGGAGGCCAUCGAACACUGCCGGAACUACAAUGCCCGGCUCUGCGCCGAACGCAGCGUGCGCAUGCCCUUCCUGGACUCGCAGACCGGCGUGGCACAGAACAACUGCUACAUCUGGAUGGAGAAGCGCCACCGUCAGCCAGGUCAGGCAGCAGGACAGAUGUAUACCUACCCUGCUCGAUGCUGGAGGAAGAAGAGGCGACUCCACCCUCCCCUGGAUCCACAGCUCCGCCUGUGCGAGCUUCGCCUCGAAGCAGAGCUGGCCCCCAAGCGCGAGGGACCGCCGGGGGAGGCCACGGCCUUGGAGGCCCUCCUGAGGGGCGACAGUCUGCUGGAGAAAAAAAACAGCAUCACGAAGGAAGAGGAGACGUUGCUGGAAAUACAGAGAGUCCUGGAGGCAGAAGAAAACGGGGACAGCUACCACGACGACGACGAUUUUGAAAUAGACACUCCGAAGAGAAAGAACAGAAACAGAGGCAAAAACAGAGGAUCAAGUCGCAGAAGGACAGAGCCUGCGAACACGGACGACCAGGAUAAACCUUACGUCUGUGACAAUAGAUACAAACAAAAGUUUAACUCAAAAAAGGCUGAAGAAGUCUGUGGAAAGCGCUACAAGAACCGGCCUGGCCUGAGCUACCACUACACCCACACCCACCUGGCGGAGGAGGAGGGCGAGGAAGAGAAGGAGACGGAGAUGGCUCCGUCUCCUCCGCACAGCUCCGACAACCACAAACCCCAGAAGGGCCCAGACGGCGCCAUUAUCCCCAACGACUACUGUGACUUCUGCCUGGGAGACCAGGACUCCAACAGGAAGACGGGGCAGGCCGAGGAGCUGGUGUCCUGCUCCGACUGCGGCCGCUCUGGACACCCGACCUGCCUGCAGUUCACAGACAACAUGAUGCAGGCGGUGAGGACGUACCAGUGGCAGUGCAUCGAGUGCAAGUCCUGCAGCCUGUGUGGCACCUCGGAGAACGAUGACCAGCUGCUGUUCUGCGACGACUGCGACAGAGGAUACCACAUGUACUGCCUGAAGCCGCCGAUGACCCAGCCUCCCGAAGGGAGCUGGAGCUGCCACUUGUGUCUGGACUUGUUGAAAGACAAAGCCUCGGCCUACGGAGAGGCCUAAUAAAGCCCUGGAAAGACCUCCACACACACACACACACACACACAUAUAUGUUUCUAACAUUAACUCUCUGAGACCGUCAAACACUCACACACACACACGUUCAGCCAUGCUCCAGUGCAUUAGCAGGCUCAGGGCACAGACGUCCACUACCUCUCAUGUCGCCACGCGGACACUCGACACAUGCGGACGCCAUCAGUGUGAAGUCUUGACGGCGAGUCAGCGAACAGCAGCUUUGCCAUUAUUCAGUCAUUUCUCUACCUCACCAUUUAGCGGACGGCAGAAAAAAAAAGAAAAAAAAAAAAAGCCAAAG